CAAGGAUUGGCAUUUCGUGGACAUGAUGAGAGUGAAGAAUCUAGCAAUAGGGGGAACUUUCUUGAACUUCUAAAAUGGCUUGCAGAAAAUGAUGAAGAAGUUGAUAAGAUUGUUUUGCACAAUGCUCCUGGAAACUGCAUCUUGACUAGUCCAACGAUACAAAAACAAAUUAUUGAAUGUUGUGCUGUGCUAACUACAAAACAAAUUAUUGAAGAUCUUGGUGAUGAGCACUAUGCAAUCCUAGCUGAUGAGUCUAGUGAUGCAUCUCAUAAAGAGCAACUUGCUAUUUGCAUACGUUAUGUUGAUAAAGUUGGAAAGGGGCGUGAGUGGUUUCUUGGAGUUGUUCAUGUUGCCAACACAACUUCCUUGUCACUUAAAGCUGCAAUUGAAUCUUUGCUUACCGAUCAUCAUUUGACUCUUACUCAAAUCCGUGGGCAAGGAUAUGACGGGGCUAGCAACAUGAAAGGAGAGAUUAAAGGGUUGAAAACAUUGAUCAUGAAAGAGUCGCCCUCUGCUUAUUACAUUCAUUGCUUUGCACAUCAACUUCAAUUGGUUCUUAUUGCCGUGGCAAAGGGAAAUGAACCAUGUAAAUGGUUUUUUGAUCAUGUUUCUUACUUGCUGAAUAUUGUUGGAGUUUCUUGCAAGCGUCAUGACAUGCUUCGAGAUGUUAGAGCUCAAAAGGUUCUGGAAGCACUUGAAAUGGGUGAAAUUGAAAGUGGAAGUGGGUUAAAUCAAGAGAUGGGAUUAGCUAGACCCGGUGAUACUCGGUGGGGUUCUCAUUUUCGAACCAUUCUGCACAUUAUUACCAUGUACCCCACAAUACUAGAAGUACUUGAUACUAUUGGAAAAGAUCCUUCACAAAGUGGUGAGGACAAGAAUACGUGCAGUGGAUUUUGCCUUGGAGUCAUAUGACUUUGUUUUCAAUCUUCACAUGAUGCUUGUUAUUCUUGGCCACACUAAUGAGUUGUCUCAGUCAUUGCAAAAGAGAGAUCAAGAUAUUGUUAAUGCAAUGGCACUUGUUAGUUUGGCAAAGAAUAAAAUGCGACAUAUGAGGUCUCAUGUCUGGGAAGAAUUUCUUGCAAAGGUGACAUUGUUUUGCAACAAACAUGGAAUUGAAGUUCCUACACCGGAGGAUAAUUAUGUGCCUCAUGGAAGAUCACCUCGGUAUUAUGAAGUGCAAACAAAUGAUGAUCGUUAUAGAAGAGAAGUAUAUCUUGGUAUCCUUGAUCAAAUCAUUCAAGAGCUUGACAAUAGGUUUGAUGAGGUUAAUAUGGAGUUGCUUAUUUGCAUGUCUGCUUUGAACCCCGUCGAUUCAUUUGCUUCUUAUGAUGCACUCAAGGUAAUGAAACUUGCUGAAUUCUACCCCCCAGGACAUAUCAAGCAUGGAUUUGGUAAGGCUUGAAUUCCAACUUGAUACUUUUAUUGAUGAUAUGAAACAAGAUGAUAGGUUCAGAUCUGUGCGUAAUAUUGGUGAACUCUCUGUUAUGCUUGUUGGUACAAACAAACAUGUUCUCUAUGAUUUGGUCUACAUGCUUAUCAAAUUGGUAUUGAUCUUACCGGUGGCCACAGCGAGUGUUGAAAGAGUAUUUUCGGCAAUGAAUCUAGUGAAAAAUAAGUUGAGAAAUAGUAUGAGUGAUGAUCUCAUGAACAACUAUUUAGUAACAUUCAUUGAGCGAGAUGUGUUCUUGAAAGUAAGCGAGGAAGACAUCGUUGAAGAUUUCAUGGCAAAGGAACGUCGUAGAGUUACUUAGUGUUAUAGUUUCUACAUGCCUACAUAUGGGUAUCUUUCAUGUAAGACUAUUUGUA